GUGAUUGUCGUCAUCAGAGCAAAGUGUGUGGCACCUUAGUGAAAAAUUUAUAUUCGUUUAAUUUGUACAAAUGUUAAAAAAUUAUGUAAAUUUUCUUUAAAGAAUAUAAGCAAGUCAGAGUUACGACGUUUGGUAAUAAGUUUAAUAGCUUCUAAUUAGUUAUAUCGACCUUUUUAUUUGUAAGUUAUUGUAUAAAAAGAUAUAAUAAUGUCCUCAUCGGCAAUAUACGUACUGGAUGUCAAAGGUAAAGUAUUGAUAUCACGUAAUUAUCGAGGAGAUACAAUGGAUAUGGCUGCUAUUGACAAGUUCAUGCCACUGUUAAUGGAACGCGAAGAAGAGGGUCUAAUUACCCCUAUAUUGCAGACUGCCGAUCACACCUUUGCGUACAUUAAGACGAACAACUUAUAUAUUGUUUCAACUACUCCACGGAACAAGAAUGUUAAUAUUGCAUUGGUUUUCGUUUUUCUGCAUAAAAUUGCACAAGUUUUUGUUGAAUAUUUUAAAGAACUAGAAGAAGAGUCAAUUCGCGAUAAUUUUGUAAUUAUUUAUGAACUACUUGAUGAGUUGAUUGAUUUUGGAUACCCCCAGACGACAGAUUCGAAAAUAUUGCAGGAAUACAUUACACAAGAAGGACAUAAAUUAGAACUCCAACCCCGGCCACCUCUGGCGGUUACCAACGCUGUUUCUUGGCGCUCUGAAGGUAUCAAAUACCGUAAAAAUGAAGUAUUUCUUGAUGUGAUAGAAUCUGUCAAUCUUUUGGCCAACGCCAAUGGGAAUGUAUUAAGAAGUGAAAUAGUAGGAGCCAUAAAAAUGAGGGUGUACUUAUCUGGAAUGCCUGAAUUGCGAUUGGGAUUGAAUGACAAAGUAUUAUUUGAGAGCACCGGACGUGGCAAGUCAAAGUCAGUUGAAUUGGAAGAUGUGAAAUUUCAUCAAUGUGUGCGUUUAUCUCGUUUUGAGAACGACCGUACUAUAUCAUUUAUUCCACCCGAUGGAGAAUUUGAAUUGAUGUCCUAUCGCCUUAAUACACAUGUAAAACCUUUAAUUUGGAUUGAAUCUGUUAUUGAACGUCACGUCCACUCUCGUGUCGAAUACAUGAUAAAGGCUAAGUCGCAAUUUAAACGACGCUCUACUGCGAACAACGUCGAAAUUGUCAUUCCCGUUCCCGCAGAUGCAGAUUCCCCUAAAUUUAAAACAACUAUUGGUAGUUGUAAAUAUGCUCCAGAGCAAAACGCCAUAAUAUGGACAAUUAAAUCCUUUCCUGGUGGUAAGGAGUAUUUAAUGCGUGCACAUUUUGGACUGCCAAGCGUUGAAAGCGAAGACAAUAAUGAAGGAAAACCUCCAAUACAAGUUCGUUUUGAAAUUCCUUACUUUACAACAUCGGGCAUACAAGUUCGAUAUUUAAAAAUAAUUGAGAAGAGUGGCUAUCAAGCGUUACCUUGGGUACGCUAUAUAACACAAAACGGCGAUUAUCAACUUCGUACUAAUUAAAAAGUCAACGAAGAAAAUAUAUAUAUAUAUAAAUACAAAUGUGUAGUAUAAGCAAAGCGUAUUGCACCCAUUUUCUGUUUCCGCAAAUCUGUCGAAAUUUGCAAUAAAAAAUCCAUUCCAUUCAACUAAAGUUCUGUAUUGCACUUAUAUUAUAAAAUAUUUCGUUUCAAAAUAUUUGUUCUUGUU